AUGAUCUUGACCAAAACCAAGGGCCUGGCCAUGGUGUACUACAUCACGAACUACGCCACCAAACUGGAUACGCCGAUGUGGAGGCGCAUUGCUCUCGCCACCGAGGUUGCCCGCCAACUCCGCGAAGCCGGUCAGGUCUGUUACCACCUCCUUGGAUAUGAUACCGACUUUACCAACGUGCCGCAUUGGUCUUUCCUGAACCUGACGGCGCUCUAUUGGGCAAUCUUUCGGCUAUGGUCACAUCUCCGCCAUCAGGCCGGCGAGCUGACGGACGCUGAACAGCCCGCGGAGACAAUCCGUCUGAGGCAAGGAGGGCGAACCCUUCUAUACCUAGACGCGUAUGCGUGGGGCCAUGUUCUACGAGACUUAUGCCUGUAUGACUACAUGUCAAUGAUUCAUUUGGAUUCCGACUGUGACGACUGGAUCCAAAAGCUUCGACGGCCCGACCAGUACGCCAUCCCGAUCUUCCAAGGAUACAUCAGCGACGACCAUGAGGACGAUCACCCAGUCUAUAUUAAGCGAAAUUCGGUCCUACACUUGGCGCUAUUCACGCGCAAGGACGCGAAGCUCUGGGCCAGUCGGUCGGAGGGCGACGACACAAUUGACGUCGAGUACCCACUUGACGACGGCCGCGAUGAAGAAGAGCCUCCAGCGCUGGCUCAUCGUCAGGCCUACAAAGCUCUGCUCCAGAUUUUGCGAAAUGCCGUGCAGGAUACGGACGCCACAAAAGACUCACCCGUCCUUGGAGGUCUAAUACACGAUCUGUGCGAAGAGAACCCGGCUGAAGAAGAGCAACCUUUCGUCCAACGUCAAGAGGAUCUGUACCGGAAUAUGCCCGAUGAUCAAGGUGACGCCUUGUGUCAAUUCCCCAUAUCUCGAGACGAUGUCCAAGCAGCCAAGGCCCAACAACUAUUGCAUCUUCGGAUGCUGGACGAUAUUGAGGGUGGUUCUCAGGGCACCGUACUAUCCACGAAUGGCGCCGACAUUGACGAUACCCUUGCUCGCUACGGCGAUAUGGAGUCCGCCGCUGCGCUCCCGGGCAGUGACUCAAUGAACAAGGGCCUCGGAUGCUUGUCGACCUUUACACUGAACUAUCUACAGACCAUGGCCCUUCAACUCGUUUGCCUGUUUCUGGACAGUGGCACGGGAAAGUCGAGGAUUAUCGAUGCCCUGAAGGGCGUGUUCGCGGCGAGGAACCAGCCGCAUCUUCUGCAGAUAACCGGCACGUCGGGCAGUUCGGCGGCCCAUAUUGGCGGCACGACCAUCCACUCGGCCUGUGGGCGAAGAAGUGGAUCUGAAACAGAAGCUGUACUCGUGAUUGACGAGGUCAGCAUGCUGGGAGGAGCCACUCUGCACAACGUCAGUCGUCACCUGCAGGCACUCCGUGACUGUCCGGACGAACCGUUUGGCGGCAUGCCCGUCGUCCUACUGAUGGGAGACUUCUACCAGUUCGCCCCCGUGCGGGAAACAAGCCUACUGAUCAUCAGACCGCCGGACCGAACAGAGACCCCUGCGACAGGCGACCAUCUCUCACCACAGCGGCUGCAGAUUGUGGCAUCUGUUCAAAACCGUGGUGCUCCUCGAAGACCAAGUCCGCGCACGCAACGAUCCCCAACCCGUGCACUCCUGGAUCGAGUUCGUAACGGGCGCCAGACCCAUCAAGAUCUGAGCUUGCUCAACGCCAACAUUGUAGGACGCUCGCAAAUCACCUUCCACGAUGGUUUGCGCGCUAUAACGCCGCUGAACCGCACCCGGUGGGCCCUCAACGAAGCUGUUGUGGGCUGGGCGCGCUUCAACAAGCGGCACAUCCGUAUCUUUGUCUCGACUCACACCUGGCGUAGCGGCGCGCUUUCUCCAGACAUCGUAGCGCGAACCGUCGGACAAGGCGACGACUCUGCCUGCAAAGUCCCCGGCGUCUUCUUCUACGCCCAGGGCAUGCCCGUGGUUGUGAACAAGAACAUCUACACUGGCCUGAAGGUUGUGAAUGGGGCCGACUUUACCGCCGUGGACGUGAUAAUCGAUCCCAAUCACCCGGGAUACUGCUUGGCCGAUGACGACCAUCCACUUCGGGCCACCACUCGGCAUUCUUCUGCAGUCCGAGGAGACGAAAGCCUUGGCGAUACCGUCCUCCCUGUGGGGACGAUGCACGCGACGUGGACUGCCCGUUGUACCAGCGUUCGUUCUCACUGA